AUGUCUUUUCCUUCCGCUCGAUUGGGUGGCCAAGCCUUCCACCACGGUCCUUCUGCUGGCGCGGAGCAGGAGUAUGAUCGUUUGCGCGACCUCGCGCGCAAAGAGCACGGCCAAUACCAGCACUUCGCCUCCCAAGCACAUCAGGCCUAUGAAAAGGGAGACGGCUCCGGGGCGCAUCGCUUCUCCGAGCAGAGCAAGCAGCACGCCGCUCAGGCCGACGCGUACAACAAGCAAGCAUCCGAAUUCAUCUUCCGCGAGAACAAUGCCGUCGGCAAAGUCUCUGGCGACACCAUCGACCUGCACGGCCAAUACGUAGAGGAGGCGGAGCAAAUCGUCGAACAACGCAUCCGCUACGCCCAGCAAACCGGCCAAACCCACCUGCACGUCAUCGUGGGCAAGGGCAACCACAGCCCCGACCACAUCCAGAAGAUCAAGCCGAAGGUGGAGGAGAUCUGCCGGCAAAUGGGCCUUCAAUACAACACCGAAGCGAAUGAGGGCCGCAUCUACAUCAAUCUGAAGGGCCACGGUGCCGAGCCCCACGUUGCUCCCGGCUACGACUACGGCCAGUACCACCAGCCGCAGCAUCAGAACUAUGGUCAGCCGCACUACGAGACUGCCUACCCCAUGGGCCACCAGGCGCCAUACGGCUACUCGCAGGCCGCCCAGGGCAUGCAGUAUGCCCAACCUCCUCCUCAGCAGCAAAUGCAGAUGCAGGAGCCGCAGCAAAAGGAGAGCAGGUGCUGCGGUCUUUGUGUUGUCAUGUGA